AGUUCGUCCCCAAUACACACGUGUAGAAGAGCACAUGGUGAAGCACACAAAAUGGUUAAAAAGAAUAAUAAAACGCAGUCAUUAAAAUCUAAGACACCUCCAAUAUCACAGAGAACAAGACAGAAAACUAAAGAUUAUCCUAAGUCAGCUCCUCCUCCAAGGAAGAAGACAGCCUAUGAAGAUAGUGAUGGUAGUGAUAGUGGUGAGGAUCAGGAUUUGUUGAAACCUACCGAUUUGUUUCAAAAUGGAAAACAUGAAAGUAAUGAAGAUGCAGAAAUUGAAUUUAAACACAAAAUACCACAGAGAGGAAAUACACCUGCAGCACAGAAAACUCCAAAAGUUCAACCAGAUUCUGGAAAGAAACGUAAAGAAACACCUGUCACAGCUAAAACACCCAAAGGCCAACAAGAAAACAAGAAAGCUGCAGCUGGAAAAACUCCAAAAGGCCAAGGAACCCCAGUUGUAGGGAAAACUCCUAAAGGCCAAGGAACACCAGUUGUUGGGAAAACUCCAAAAGGUCAAGGAACCCCAGUGGUUGGGAAAACACCAAAAGGUCAGCCAAGUACAGCAUUGAAAACCCCAUCUGCAGGGAAAACACCUAAAACUCAACAGGUUGUAGUAAAGGGUACACCGACUGCUGGUAAAACUCCCAAAACCCAACAAGUUGGAGUAAAGGGUACACCUCCAGCUGGCAAAACACCAAAAGAUCUUAAACUUAAAGAGCAGUCCUCACCUACAGCUGGGAAGACUCCACAAAAACAAGACAAAAAAUUGUCAGCAACAACACCAAAAGGUGGGAAAACACCCAAGUCACAAACUCCAGCUCAGAAAACACCAGCUGGGAAAGCUAAAAAGAAAGAGGAGUUGGAGGAUGAUAAUGAGGACGAUGAUGAUGAUGAUGAAAUGGAGGAUUUUGAAUUUGAUGAUGAUGAUGAUAGUGAUAUAGAUAUAGAUGAGGACGAUGAUGACGAGGACGAUGAUGACAGUGAAGAUAAUGAAAGUGAUGGCACUAAACAAUCUUUACUGGAAAAGUUCAAACAACAAUUACAAAGUAAAAUGAAGGAUGGGGAAGAUGAUGAUGAUGAUGAUGAUGAAGAUGAUGAGGAUUUUGAUGAAGAUGAUGAUGAUGAUGAAGAUGAAGAUGAUGAGGAUGAUGAUGAUGAUGAUGAUGAUGAAGAAAGUUUUGAUGAAGCAGAAUUAGAAAAACUGUUAUUGGAAAAAGCUAUGGCAAAUGUAAAAUCUGGAAAGAGCACAGAUACAAAAUUGACAAAGUUAAAACAAAAAGUAGACUCUGAUACUGAUUCAAAAAUUGAAAAAAAAAACUCUAAUGAAAGUAAAAAACAAACAAUGGGAAAGAAAGUGCAAUCACAAAAUAAAGUGACAAUUUCUAAAAGUGAAACAGCAUCAAGUGGAAACAAAAAUAAAUCUCUAACAGAAUCAAGUAAAAAGGAACCAAGUAAAGAGAAUGAGAUAUCAAAUAUUAAAGGGACAGAAGUUUAUAGCAACCAGAAUGCUGAAAGACGGGCCGAAAUGGACAAGAGAACUCUGUAUGUUGGAAGAUUUAAGUCUUUUCCAAAUGAAGAAGAUUUAAAGAAACUGUCGAAAGACAUCCAGAGUGUUAGAAUUAGACGGAGUUUUCGAGCUAAUAGACAAACCUUUUGUUAUGGUUUUCUUGAGUUUGCCAGUGAAAAGUUAGCUGAGAAAAACUUCAGUCUAUUAAAGGAUAUCAAAAUUGAUGGAAAUGAAAUAUUUGUGGACUAUGUUGGCAGUAAAAGUUUGAAUAAUAAGUCGUUAUACAAAGAUCAAGGUACCCUUGAUCCAUUACGAUUAUAUGUCUCUGGGUAUAAAGUUGGUACGACAGAACCUCAGCUGAGAAAACUUUUCCCUAAAGCCACAAGAAUAGACAUUCCUAAGAGAAAGGAUGGUAAACACUUUGGUUACUCCUUUGUUCAUUAUUCUUCUGUGAAUACUGCUAAAUCGGCUUUUGAAAAAAUACAAGGACAAGAAUUAGAUGGCUAUAAAGUGUGUGCUUAUUUUGCCAGAAAUAAACCUACAUUGGAAGCCAAGAAAAGGAAACUUGACACAGAUGUCAAAGGUCCACAGGUUAAAAAAGCUAAAGUAGAUGAUGAAGAUGAUGAUGAUGACGAUGAUGAUGACAGUGAAGAUGAUGAUGAUGAUGAUGACGAUGAUGAGAGUGAGGGAGAUGAAGAUGAAGAAGAUGAUGAUGAUGAUGACGAUGAUGACAAUGAUGAUAGUGAAGAGGGGAGUGAAUAAAUGGAUUAAAGGAUUAAAAGAAAUCACCUUCUCUUUUGUAAAUAAGAUCAUAUAGUAUGGCAGAGCAUUGUUUUAUAAUUUUAAUGUUUGAGUUUAUCCAGAAAUUCUAUAAAUAAAAAAAAUGAAAAACUGAUGUAGGGGGCGAGAGGUAAGGAAGUUCGGGUUUCUUACAUAUCAUCAAAUGGGAUUUUAAUUCAAAAUAAUUUAUACUGUGGAUUCAUUUAUUUUUAGUGGAUACCAAUUUUUGUGGAUAUUUUAUUUCGUGGAAUUGCCAAGGUUUGCUUACAAGCCUUUUUAAAAUGUGUUGUACUUCAUUGAAUUUGUGGUUUAUAGACAUAAUAUUGUCAUGUGACCGUGACAUCAUCAAUGUUUUUUCAUUAUUUACUCCUUAAAAAUGGAAUUUAGAAUUAAAUUAUAAGGAAUGACUAAUAUUUUUUCUGUCUAUUUGAAAUAACUCCAAAAAUGUGGUGCACACUUUUAAAUAACCUGCUACAUGGGUUAUUCAGUGUGCACAACAUUUUUGAUGUUAUUUCUUCAUAGACAGAAAAAAUAUUACAGUUAUUCCUUAUAUAAAUUAUUUGGAAUAGUAUAUCUACAGUAGUACUUUUAAGUUGGAGAUCAAGACUUGUCUCCAUGACCAAUUUUCAACUUUAACUUUUUUUUUGCUUAGCUGUUCAUAAUGUGAUUUGAAUAAUUCAUUUAUAAGAGGCUAUAUGUAUAUAUCAAUAUAAAGGUAACUACCAGAACAUAUAUAUACAUUUCAAUGUGUUUUUGUUUAGAUGAAUUAUAUUGUGCAUUUUCCUAUUUAUGUUGAUUGGAGUUUUUAACGACCUUGACUGGCUAUACAGCCCUCACACGGUCGGUUUAUUUCCUAUUUUAUGCAAUUUUCUUUAGAGUCUUUUUCUCAGAAUGUUGGUUUAUGGAUUAUGCCUUUAAGAAUGUUUUAAAUCCUUGAUAAUAAAUAGUCAAAUAUUUUAUAUAUAAAUACAAUUGAUAUAUCAAAUUUACCAAAUGACAAAGUCAAUGUAAAAUUUUAAAUAGAAAAAGAUGAAACUAUUAUGAAUAUCUAAAAUCAUAUUUAACUUUUUGACAUAAUUUUAUCAGUUGUUUUUUUGUUUUUUUAAGGCAUGUUGUGAUUGUUAAAAAGAGUAACAAGAUCUUUUAAUUAACUUAUACAUUUGUUUUAAUUAUUUGAAUGAACAUUAAUGCUUAGAUUGUAGAUUCAUUGUCAAAUGAGUGAUUCAGUUGUCUUUGAACCUCUAAUUGAAUCAUUUCACUUUUUACCUAUAUAUUAUUAUAUAUGUUGUCAGCAUCUACCCAAUACAAUGUAUCACAUUUUUUAAGUUUAAUCUUUUCAGAGUUCUUUAAAUUCAUUUUAAAAAACUUGAUCAUGAUUAAUGUUUAGAUGCCAUCAAAGAAUAUCACUGUUUAGAUCAUUGCCAAUUUCCUUCUUCAUAAUAAAUAUUAUCAUAAAAUAUCAAAUAAAAUGUUACAUACUCUCA